UUCAAAGUGGUGAGACAGUUAGCCUUAAAUGUAUGGCCUAAAAUAAAAAUUAUCUUCCUUCUAGAAAAAACCCUGACAAAUCCGAUAGCUAGUGACAAUUACUCAAUCUUAAGAUAUUAUAGGAAACUUAUCGUUUUAUUAUUUUGAAGAAAAAAAAGGGCUUAAAAUGGCAUGUAUAGUUAUAUACCUGAUGUUGGUCAUGACAGUCGUCCGGAUAAAAUGUCAACAUGAAGUUGAAACGAGAGUCAACGCCGAGAAACUCGCGCAAAAUAGAAUAUUCGAAUCGUCGAAUACAACCCAUUCGUGCAGCAUGUCUAUAAAUGUAACAAGUUCGGAUUAUCUAAAAAAUAACAUUGAAGUGUAUCGGCCGAAUUUUGCUCGGCUUGAGCUACGCUUCAGAUAUGAACAUCCUGUCGUGGAACCAUAUAUCCUUGAGCCUAGUACCAGCCACACAAAAGACAUUAUUCAGCCGUACCAUUGAGUUUGGACAUAUUACUUGCCGACUGGUUUCUUUUCAUAUAUUAAAUGGCCGGUAGACUUUCCCAUCCUCUCCUUUGGACUUCUAGACGCCAAAACACUUAGGAGCCAGUUCCUCGUUGUAGAAAUUCGAGAUCGGAACUGUUCAGUUUUGAUGGGACACCAAGAUACUACUAAAUCUAUAGCUUAUGCACUUAGGGACAUGACACGUGAUUAUCUGAUUGAUUUAAAAGAACCUUACAGUUAUUCCUAUUGGUGUUACUUGGCUGAGGUACCAGGUGUAAAAGAAACAUGGAGCUAUCAGUUUGGAAUUUAUCUAGCAUUUUCAGUGGAGUUUGCACGCUAUAAUUGCUGCAGGACAGAAAAAUCGAAAGUUAAUUAUAGGAAUUUUUCAAUACAUUGCCUCGAACAUCAGCUUGAAAAAGUAUGGCAAUCAACUAUUAUUCCUUACAUUAUGGGCCUUGUUGCCUUUGGCUACUUUCCUAUUCUUUUAUUCAGCUUUGGAGCAGAGGUUGGAACUAUUGGAAAUAAUAAAAGAACUAGGCAAUUAACUUUGUCAGCUGCUGCUGAAGAUGCAGAUGGCGUAAAGGACUUCAGUGAAAAGUGGAUAUUUUUGGACGGAAAACCACCAAUAAAUCUUAAGACAAUAAUAUUUGGUUUGUUCGGACUUGUCGAAACUUAUCCGGUAGCUGUUUCAAGACUUAGACGCUUUCUUUUCAUAUUGCUUAGCCCUUGUGUGAUAUUCUGUGAGUUGUAUGUCUAUUACACGUAUCAGUAUGAUACAACAAUGGCUCUGUUAGAUCACGGCUGUCCGAUGGGAUAUUUAUCGAUUCUUGGAGGCUUUGAAAAAAGUAGGCAAAACUUCAUGCCGAUUUUAGGCGGGCCAUAUUGUCUUUUAGUAGGUUCGUAUGUCGCUGGUUUUAUUUUCAUCAUUUUGCCAACAUAUCCUGACGGUGUAGUUUUUGAUGGCACCUUGCGUUAUUUUUCAUUUGGAGAAUUUUCACCUUUGUUUCUUGACGUUUCAACUAUUGAACAAUACUCGCAUGUAUCGAUUGCCAAAGAAUCGUGCGGGUAUCGGCGUGCAGCAAGUUUUAAUACUGCUCUAUUUUAUACGUUUGCAAAUCCAAAAUUCUGGCGUAACGCAGUCAAACUUCAAGUUAGCCGGUUCAGAACUGCUGUUUCUGCAUGUGGGUCCAUACUUGGACAGGUUCUAUUAACUACCUUUUGUUUGCCGUUUUAUGUCGUCAUAUGUUCUGUUGAACUUUUAUUAUGUCUUGUAUAUUAUGGUCUUCCAAUUAUCAAUACAGUCUGUAUUAUAGUCACGGGAUUUGUUGUCUGGCUAAUGAAAUAUCUCCGACAAAAAAGUGCACGAUCUGGUAGCCUAUUCUGGGAUUUAUCCGGAAGUUAUCCAUGUAAAUGUGUACUAGCAAUUUGCAUGACGUUCCUUUUCCUGUACUACAUCUUAAGUUUUUGCACAAUUUUCAUCCUGAGCUUUGCAUUGAUUUGUCAAGUGCUGGUAUUUAGCUUUAUCUCUGUUAUAGUGUACCCUUCCACAUCAUUUGGAUAUUUGUUCUUCGGCAUAGCAUUCAUAUAUUACAUAUUUAAGAUAUUCCAGGUACUGGGAGACAAUUAUAUAGAACUGUUAGCAGACGCUGUUGAAAUAAGCUCCCAAAUGGAAAACGACAUAUUCAGAAAUCAAAUCAUAGACAAUACUCUUAUAAUUGAUGAUUCUGUGCCUUACGAAAUUACGAAAAUUCAAAUAAACGAGUGUAUCAUAAGUCUUUCAUCCGAUCAGCGCCAUGUUCUUCGGGAAGCAGACUGCGACAAAGGACCAAAAGUUAUUUACAAGAAACACAUGACUGGAAUCCCAAACGAUCUUUUUCAAAUACUUGUGAAGAAAUAUCUUCCUUUGCAUGUGCAAAUAACACAUGCUUUUUUGAAGAUUUUACUUAUCCUCGUUUUGAUUUAUUUAACUAUCAGUAUGGUGGACCGCAAGCCAUAUAGUCAAACUGAAGGAAUUUCAGAAAUGAUGCAUGUCAUAUUCAUUAUUGUCGUUGGCUCAUUGCCAAGAGUUCUUGAAGUUGCGCUAGACAACAGUAACCAUCAUAUAAGGAAAGAAAUCAAACUACGAAAAAUACGAGCAACUAUAAAUAAGUACUGGAUUAAUCAGUGACAACGACACUUUCAUUAAGCUGAAAUAAAAGUCAUGCACAUGUUUAAUUUAAAACUGCUUCGUAAAAUGCAUUUUUGCAUGUAUGCAUAAAUUGUUGUUCUAUGUAGAAACAAUUAUAUACAAGAAAAUAAGGAAAUAAAUUAUGAAGUGGGUGAUAAGAAAAAAUGCAUUGUUCAAAUAUCUUGCCUUAUUGGACUUUAAUACCGGAGUCCAAUGAUUAUGUGUAAUUAUACUUAAAGUUGCAUGCCUCCAGAUGAGUCAGACACUAUUUCAAGAAGCUCAAACUUGAAAAAAUGUAUACAAACAUUUUAAGAAAUGUAAAAAGAUUCAAGAUUCAAGUUAUGUGCGAUUUAUUACUGAUUUUGCCGUAAAUAUCACCAUAUUUUUGCUGCGUUACUAACGCCUUAAGGGCUUUUGGGGGUAUUUUGGACCCUUUUUUGUGGUAAAUUACGUUAGCCGUUAGUACUAUUUGCAAUGUAUAAAUUUCUUUUUUGUUACAUCACAAUAUUUUACGUGCAUGUUCCUUUUAAAUACAUUUUCAAAAUUUUCAUGACAUGUAUAUUUUUUUUUAAAUAAUAAACCGAGAGCUUACCAUACUAUUAGUAUUGAAAUUCGUUAUUCAAACAACAGCACUUAUAUAUGAAACUUACCGAAGUUGUUGACAUGAUAAAGCAUUCAUUAAAGGAAUGUUAUUGCUCUUUCCAGUUCAAUGAGAUUAAAGACUGCUAAAGUUUCUCUUCUGUAUAUGCACAUACAUACACUUAAACGACGUAAACAAUCAAAAUAACUGAUUUACUUUCGGCAAGCACGCAGGCACGCACGCAUACAUACAUACAUACAUACAUACAUACAUACAUACAUACAUACAUACAUACAUACAUACAUACAUACAUACAUACAUGUAGAGACUAGUAAUCUAAGGAUUGCACUAGUAAUCUAAGGAUUGCUGACCGCGUGGGUUCAAACUCUGUCAGGGCCAAGCCGUUGUUUCCUUUAGCAAGAAACUUCACACUGGUUUUGUUCCAGGAACAGAUUCGAGAGUGUUUCAAUAAGCUUAUAGCUUCCAACACAAUCGAACUAAAAUAAAUUUGUAUAAACCAACAGUGGUGGUUAGAAUUUAGUAAAUAAUACAUGAUGUAUACUGUAAUAAAUCGGAACAUUUCAUCUAUAAAGUAAACCUAAAACAGAUAAUAUCUUUAGCAAAUUUUGUAUGCGCGCCGUGCGGUUCUGUGCACCAUACCAUGUCAUUAUAUACAAUACCUGUCCAUACAAGUGUUGCAUGUCACAAUAUUAAUGGUUAGCUUGGCGGCCAAGAUAUUAAUAUUUGUCAUUACUUUUAUAGCAGUAUAGCAGACACCACAGGGGCCCACACAGUCUUUGGAUGGCAUAAAUUUGUGGGUGAUCGAAAAUUCUCUAUUUGCCGAGUAAUGCCCCUUGUCUAUAUUUAAAUACAUAUUAUAAGGAUAUGGCUAAAAUCUCAUUUUAAGGUCACUAUCAAGCAGUAUAUACCAUCCAAACACUGUGUGGGCCCCCUGUGACAGACACUACCUACAUGGCGUUAAGGCAAUACGUCGAUAUACUAGUAACUUGCCCCCUCCCCCCAAUGUAAUAUGCCUCUGUAAACAUUUGAGCAGUUGUGUAUAUGAGAAUAAAUUUUAUUUCAUUGAU